ACAAAAUCCUGAACAAUCACUAUAAUCCCUCAUACAGCAAAAUAGUCUACUCUUUUACAAUAUUCUGUCUUAUCUCUUCGCACCAAGGAGAAGAAAACUUAGGCUUUAACGUGGAAGAAGAACAAUGGCAUCAAGAGAAAAAUAUCAGGGAUGAGAUCUUUUUCUAAAAGCCAUCAAGUAAUUAUAGUACUUUGGUGAAAUAGUUGACAUCAUGAUGUGUUUGAAUCUGUGGAAAUAAUAUGCAUUUUCAUCUAUAUUGCAAGAACGAAUGAAGCAACUCAAAUUUAUAUGGGCAUGGCAUAAUUUCAUUAAAUUGAAAGUGACCAUAAAAAUAGCUGAUCUAGCUGCUUACGAUGCACUGAACUCUUAAAUGUUACGAUGCUUAUCUCUUUCUACGGCGAAUAAUGAAACGAAUGCACUUUUCGGUUCGACCCGCUGCGCUCUUGGAUGCUUCAAUACUCAUCCGUUCGACCACUCCUAGCAGUGUGAACCCAGCAUUAGUUGUCAUAGCUCCUUUCUGUUCCGUUGUGUGAUUCAGAAGAGGGUGUUGGCGGAGUUUUGAGAUUGGGUUGGGACUUUCUUAGAUAAAGUUGCUACAAAAAUAAAUAUUCGUGGCUUAGGGGUAGCGAUAAUUUAAUCCUUCAUCUGCACUGCUUUAUUAGUGAGAUUCUUUGGACUUCUUUCCCUGCCAUCACAUUCUGAUUCAGUCGUCCUGAUUCGGCCAAAAUGAGUGGCAAGAAGGGCGUAACUCAGCCUGCAUUACACAAGGUUAUUAUGGUCGGCAGUGGUGGAGUGGGAAAAUCAGCACUGACCCUACAGUUCAUGUAUGAUGAGUUCGUGGAAGACUAUGAGCCAACCAAGGCUGACUCGUACCGUAAGAAGGUGGUGCUGGAUGGUGAGGAAGUGCAGAUAGACAUCCUGGACACAGCGGGACAGGAGGACUACGCUGCCAUCAGGGACAAUUACUUCCGGAGUGGUGAGGGCUUCCUCUGCGUCUUCUCUAUAACCGAGGACGAGAGCUUCCAGGCUACGCAGGAGUUCAGGGAGCAGAUUUUACGUGUCAAAGACGACGAGACCAUCCCUCUGCUGCUGGUUGGUAACAAGUGCGACCUGGAGGAGCGGCGGCGCGUGGCACACGCGGAAGCCGGCGCCCGCGCCUCCCAGUGGGGCGUACCCUAUGUGGAGACCUCGGCAAAGACUCGUCACAAUGUGGACAAGUGUUUCUUCGACCUGAUGCGGAAGAUAUCGGCAAGAAAGGCGGAACUGACACGGGGCAACCACGAAGAGGUCAAGGAGCCCACCAAGUGCUGGAAGUGCAAAUGCCAGCUGUUAUAGUGGUGGACGCGAACGGGGUAUGACGUCAGAAUGUGACGUGAGGUGACGUCAGAGUCGGACGGGACCGCCGUGCCGCGGCCGGCGGCGCGUCUCCCCGCCGUGUGGCUGUCUGUGGCGGCGGCCCGGGUCGGAUGCCCGGUGUCUGUCGGCACUCGCCGGCGGCUGAGGGGGUGUCGGGUGUCACCCGCUCGGUGACACGGCGCCGAUCCGACAGCUGCAGGAGCGUGUCAACAUGCGGCGCUCCGCGUGUGUGCGUGUCUGUGUGCGUCUGAGACCCUCCGGGGUCGGUGCGGCCCGCCAGCCGCCGUCGGCCGUACCGCCAGCCUGCUCACCACUCAGUGGGCCUACGAACCGCGCGGCGCAUGGCUAGUAUGGAUUAUUUUUCGUACGGGACUGGUUUUCCGAUAGUCGGCCGCCCGCUCGAAGGCAGCACCCCGCUGCCUGGCCGGGACGGAUGGACGACACAGCACUAUUUUGUAUUCGUUAGUUCGGCUUCGUGUGGGCUCGCCUGCCCCCCGAGCCGCCUUUUGAUAAUUUAGCCGUAGACACUGUGGUUAAGUGUGUUGCACGCGCGCGUACGCUUGUAACUGAGACGGGGCGCCCCCGGCAAUGUACCGCUUGGAGCCGUUUGUACCGAAGAGACCGUCUGCUGUGCGCUAUGUGCAUGUUGUUGCCGACUCGCUUGUUCUUCUGAUUGUGCUAUUCCGAACAUACCUAGUGUGAUGACGGAGCAUCCAAUAUACAUACACUGUCACA